UGGCUUGCAAAUUGCAAUGUAGAAGUUACAGUUGAUAGGUAAAGAAAAAGAAGGGCUAGACCUGUGGGACCCAGGUGCUUAACUGGGUUCCACAGACUGUUGAUUACAAAAACAGUGCCAUGUCUUCCAAGUUCUUGCAAUCCAACCCAACUACAAAAACCCAGCCCCCCUCUCUUCCAUUCACUUGGUACCACUCCAACAUUUGUCACAAAAACACACUUUCUGAAAACAAUAAUAAGAAUUCAUUUCUUUUCCCCAACAUGGCCAGACCACAACAGCGUUACCGAGGUGUCCGACAAAGGCAUUGGGGCUCUUGGGUCUCCGAAAUUCGCCACCCCAUAUUGAAGACAAGGAUAUGGCUUGGUACUUUUGAAACAGCUGAGGAUGCAGCUAGAGCCUAUGAUGAAGCAGCUAGGCUAAUGUGUGGUGGCAGAGCAAGGACAAACUUCCCUUUCAACCCCAAUGUGUCUCACUCAUCAUCAUCUUCUAGUUCAAAGCUUCUCUCAGCAACUCUUACUGCCAAAUUGCACAGGUGCUACAUGGCUUCUUUGCAAAUGACUAGGCAGGCUUUGGCAUCAUCAUCAGAGCCUCAGAGAACAGCUUCAGUGCCGAAUGCCACCUCUACAUCCACACCAAACAAUAACUUCAGUGUAAAGAGUGGCCAAACUCAUGCACACAAGAGACCAGAGGAGGAGGAUCAAGAGUCAGAGGCCAACAGGGUCAAAGAAGUGGAAAAUCAUGUUCCUCUACAGUUCAAGCCUCUUGAGGAAGAUCACAUAGAGCAAAUGAUUGAGGAGCUUCUUGAUUAUGGCUCUAUUGAGCUAUGCCCUCUAAUUGAUGCAUAGGGAAUGAAUCUGCAUGGUUUUGAAUUUAAGUUAGAGUCACAAUUGUAGUUAUAGGCAAUUAAUUAUUAAUGUGACUGAAAUUGCUUUAGUUUUAAAGGCCUCAAAAAAGAAUGGCCACAAUCACAGUUACAUGAUGCAAUUCGAAACCAUGCCAAUGUCACACCCAAGAUAUUGUUAUAGAAAUCAUUUGAGCAUUGUAGUGGU